CACCCCCCUCUGCCGUCCAACGUCUAUCGCUGCAGCGGACGUCAUCAGAGCGCGACGCAGCGUGCAGGAUUGUGAAGGACGCAGAAACAAGCUCGGGAUGAAUUGAAGCUAAAUAAAGGUGUGUCUCAGGUGUGCACGUUGUGAUGAUGGCGGUGUCGUGUCUGACUCGAGCCCUGCGCUCCCUGUCUCUCUCCCAGCAUGCAUUGCUCUCCUCUCAGGUCACUCAGACUUCACUGGGAGCUCAGGUACAGGUGAGAGGAUUCCUCACGACAGCCGCUCUGAGUCAGAACAGGACUCUGUGGAAGCAGAUGGAGAAAUACACCAUCAAACCCAUGGGCAUGAAGAAGACCGGAGGCCGGGAUCACUCAGGAAAGAUUCGAACACAUGGUAUCGGUGGAGGUCACAAACAGAAGUACCGCUGGAUCGACUUCCAGCGUCUUCACUACGAGGUCGGCAAAGAGGCGAAGCCGUUCGAGGAGAAGGUGGUCGAAGUGCGGUACGACCCCUGCAGGUCCGCUGACAUCGCUCUGGUCGCCGGAGGAAAGAGGAAAAGAUGGCUCAUCGCUACGGAGAACAUGCAGGUCGGAGACAUCAUCAAGACGUCCGGGGUCAUCGGACGGAUGGCGGUCUCGGCCAAUGAGGGCGAUGCGCACCCGCUGGGAGCUCUGCCUGUGGGGACGCUGGUGAACAACCUGGAGAUCCAACCAGGGAAGGGAUCAGAGUACAUCCGAGCUGCAGGGACGAGCGGCAUCCUGCUGCGUAAAGUCAACGGGACGGCGAUUGUCCAGCUUCCCUCGAAGCAGCAGGUUCAGGUUCUGGAGACCUGCAUGGUCACUGUAGGACGCGUCUCCAACAUCGACCACAACAAACAGAUCAUCGGGAAAGCGGGUCGGAACCGCAGAUUCGGCAGACGGCCGUCGAGCGGUUUGUGGCAGAGGAAAGGAGGCUGGGCCGGACGGAAGAUCAAACCUCUGCCUCGGAUGAAGAGUUACCUCAACCUGCCCUCCAUCUCGGCGUAGAGAGGACGAGUCAGAGACUGAAGCUCACCCUGUGUUAUUGUUCUGUGUGGGGAGAGACGGCGUGAAUAAAGACGAGACGUUUGUACAGAAGAUUAAAAAUUUUUAUUAAACACAA